GUAUUUGGGGCGCAGAACCAAAUCAGUUAAUUGACUGCACGGAAAUGACUUCUGACCUCCGACCCGAGGUCGCAUUCGGUUUCCGUUCUAGUAGCGUGCUGUUAGUGCAGUCACUCUAGCAAAUCCUCGAAAAAAUCCUCAAAAAUUCUCGUUCAAAUCCGACAAUUUUUCGGAAGAUAUGGCUCCCAAACGUUCGAAGAAGUGUCCAGGAUGCCAUUUGGACGUCGCCCUGCACAAAUCGGGCGUUGCUGGCAAGGAUUGCACGGGGAUUCUGGAAGACAACGGCGCUGUGGGUCAAGGCAUGCAAGGCGCCAUGGCCGAGCUACAACAGCGCAAGGCAGAGCUUACCCAGCGCCUAGAGUUGAAGAAGCUUCAGCGGGAAGUGGAUGCGCUAGAGAAGGAAUUGGCCACAGACACCACUACAACCUCGCCACUUCCUCCGGCCAAGGACGGGAGCAAGACGGACGAAACUCAAGAAGACGAACGCAAGCAUGUGGAUUUCGGGCACGCAGACAUUACGUUAGCCCAGCUCCGCGAAGAUGCCGCGCUUCAGAGCCUCGUAUCCACAAAGUAUGGGGAUCUUGUCGGCGCGGGCAAGAAGCCAGAGAAAGCGGCGGUCAAGCAAGCGCUCCGGAAGCCAGGCUCAUGGUCGGACGACUGGGUAGCCCUGAAGGAGAUUUACUUUGAUGCCGAUCCGCUCAAGAUCAAGCCUGCCGGGUCCGCCGCGAGUCGACAGCCCAAGAAAUCCGAUCCUCCACGCUUCUGCUUUCGGUUCUCUAGGAACGAGUGCGCCGCUGAUACGUGUCGUUUUGACCACCUUUGUUCUUACUGCUGGAAAAAGACCUCGCAGAGGUUCAAACACUCAGCCGCUGACUGCCACAGGAAGCAAGCCGAAGAGAAACGUGCUUCAUCUACCGAUAACGGGGCCAACGUCAAGUCGUCUUCCGCAUGA